AGGGCAGGGACCGAACCCGCCACCUCAUGGUUCCUAGUCGGAUUCGUUAACCACUGCGCCACAACGGGAACUCCGGAUUUCCUCCCAUUUUUAUGGCGAAAUAAUAUUCCAUUGUGAGUGUGCAUAUGUAGAUAGACCACAUGUUCUUUAGCCUUUCAUCCAUUAAGGGGCACUUUGAUUGUUUUCAUGAUUUAGUUAUUGUGAAUAAUUCUGCAAUGAAUGUGGGGGCGCAGAUACUUUUUCAAGGUAGUGAUUUCGUUUGCUCUGGAUCAUAUAUAUGUAUCGGCAGACCAGGUUCUUAAAAGAUUGUCCUGAGGCUCCAGUGGUCAACCUUUAAGCACCUAGCCUGUAAUAAAUAGAAAAUGUAGCCAUAGCGGUUAUUUUCAUUUUAGCAAGGAGGAACCAGGGUCGCCCGGGGAAUAGGUGAGAGAACCAAGUGUAGGACCCAGAUUUUUCUCACCUAGGAAGCUUAUCCCUGCCUCCCCACUACCUCUGCCUCAUGGGAGGGGAUGGGAUUCCUCCUGCCUCAACACUGGGAAUUGGAAGGGCCCCUCUCAGGUUGCAGAAUACAUUAGCUGUGAAAGUCCUUGCAGGACUCAGGUCAGCAUAGACUUGUUUGCUUCCGGUCAGGGCCUGGCACAGCCCUGAGUGCUUGUUGCGGUUGAGACAGAAGCUGUGCAGUCAGAUGCACCUGGAUUCCAGUGCAUACGGCUCCCUGCUCUCGCACUUACUAGCUGUAGUAAACAGGAUUAACAAGUUAGUACCAGCCUCAGAGGCUUGUUAGGAGCAUCAAGAGAGAGAAUUUGUGGAAGAGGCCUAGCACCAUGCCUGGCACACAGUAAGGGCUUAAUGACAGCUGACAGUACUUUGACAUGUUGAAGUGACAGACAGGCUGACCUAGAAGGGAAGAAAGUACAAGUGUAAUACUUUCAGGUACAGCAGAAAAGGGUACUGGAAGAGGCUGCAGAGUUCUCACUGCACUGGAACUUACUGGGUCUACCAUCUGCCACAUACUCGUCCCUGCAGACAUCCUGAAGAAGUGGCCUGUGCUUGCGUGGAGUUUACAUGGCACUUUGGGAAGCAGCUGGGAAAUACCUAUUAUAAAAUUAAUUGUUCCAUAAGUAUCAUGAAUAAUUGCAAGGAUCUUUUGUGCAACAAAUAUCUAGGUAAAAGGAGUCUGAGUGGGUAGCUGGACAAGAUAAGGUGAUGAGAAUUACGCAGCUUCCUGCCAUCUUCACAUAUAUUCAAAAUUGUGUGUGCAGAUACCCCUAUUUGUUUUUGUUUGUUUUGUUUUUGGCCGCACCUGUAGUACGUGGAAGUUCCCGGGCCAGGGAUCGAACCCAUACCGCAGUUGCAACCUGCACCUGCAGGUUGUGGCGGUGCUGGAUCCUUAACCCGCUGCACCACACAGGAAUUUCCCCUCUUUGUCAUUACUCCCGAACCAAACUUGGGUCCGCUGGCCUGCGGGCAGUCAAGCCAAUCUGCUGACACCACAUUGUGGUGCAGGAAAAUGCAGCAUUUGUUGCAAAGUGCCACACAAGUAGUCUGGGACAGCUAGUGUUGAAGAAGCCUGAACUCCCUGAUGGGUUUCAGGAAAGCAUUUUUAAGGGCCAGGUGGUGGGGGCAGGGGGCACUGGUUUGAGGGUGAGGUGUUGAGGUAACGGGGCCGUGGUGCAGAGUUUCGCUUCUUGAGUCCUGAGGCUGCAGCAGGCCUGCGGGCUCUGUAGGUCGUUCACAUCUUCCAUCUGGUGGUGGAGGUAGGGGGUUCCUGGAAAACAACUCAGGAAAUGUGCGUCAGAUACUAUGGUGUAGGUGUUUCAAAGAGGAGCUAAAGCAGAAGAUGUGGGAGAGGAGGCGGCUCCCGGGGGGUUGGGGGAGACACCCCUCCCCCCCGAGGGUCCUGCUGAGUUCCAUUGUGAGUCCGUUUUCCACUUAACGCUGUGCCCUUAAUUUUCUUCCCAAGUGUGUUUGGCCUUUUAGGUUUCCUGCCUCACAUCCGUGUUACCUGUAUCGGGGGGACUCUCCUUUCCAUCCUUGACUGCUUUGUAUUCAACACCCAUCGUUUCCAGGUCACCUUUGGAAUUUGAACAGCACCCUUUCGAAACCGUCCAGCCUCGGUUUGCCUCCUCGGGCUCAAUCCAGUAAGAACACAGUUACCUUUGGCCUCCAGGCAGCACUUGGGCAGCAGCGUAAAUCGUGCCAUCCUAGGGUUAAACGUCCAAGAGAUGCUAUCAGCCUUAAAGUAAAUACAGUCCGGUUAUCUGAGUGCCAUACAUGGACUCCCCCAGGUCUCCAAAGGAGACAGUCCUCAUCACGGGAGGAGGUGGCUAUUUUGGUUUCCGCCUGGGCUGCGCUCUGAACCAGAAGGGGCUCCGUGUGAUUCUCUUUGACGUCAGCAGCCCUGCUCACACCAUUCCGGAAGGAGUCAAGUUCAUACGGGGAGACAUUCGCCUCCUCGCUGACGUAGAGCGCGCCUUCGAGGAUGCGGAUGUCACCUGUGUGUUCCACAUCGCCUCUUACGGUAUGUCCGGGCGCGAGCAACUGAACCGGAGCCGGAUCGAGGACGUCAACGUCGGGGGCACGGACAACGUCCUCCAGGCCUGCAGGAGCCGGGGGGUGCCAAGGUUAGUUUACACCAGCACCUUCAAUGUCAUCUUCGGAGGUCAGGUUAUCAGAAAUGGCGAUGAGUCUCUGCCGUACCUACCUCUCCACCUCCACCCGGACCACUACUCUCGAACCAAAUCGGUCGCAGAGAAGAAGGUGCUGGAGGCCAAUGGCACAGCCCUGGCUCGACGUGCUGGGGUCUUGAGGACCUGUGCUCUGAGGCCGGCCGGCAUCUAUGGGCCCGGAGAACAAAGGCACCUCCCCAGGAUAGUGAGCUACCUGGAGAAGGGCCUCUUCAGGUUUGUGUAUGGAGACCCCAAGAGUCUGGUCGAAUUUGUCCACGUGGAUAACUUGGUGCAGGCUCACAUCCUGGCCUCAGAGGCCCUGAAGGCCGACAAGGGCCACGUCGCCUCUGGGCAGCCCUACUUCAUCUCUGACGGCAGACCCGUGAACAACUUUGAGUUCUUCCGGCCUUUGGUUGAGGGCCUGGGUUACAAGUUCCCCUCCGUCCGCCUGCCCCUGCCCCUCAUCUACUUCUUCGCUUUCCUCACAGAGAUGGCCUACUUCCUUUUGGGUCGACUCUACAACUUCCAGCCCUUCCUCACCCGCACCGAAGUUUACAAAACCGCCGUCACACAUUACUUUAGCCUGGAGAAAGCCAAGAAAGAGCUGGGCUAUGAGGCUCAACCAUUUGACCUCCAGGAAGUAGUAGAGUGGUUUAAAGCCCACGGUCACGGCCGCAGUCCUGGCAGACAGGACUCAGAGUUCAGUCUUGUUUGGUACGGGCUGCUGGUCUCACUCUUGAUUAUAGCAGUUCUCACCUGGCUGCCGCCUUCUGUGAUUCUGUCCCUGUGAAGCAGGAGCUAGAAAUAAGAAGCUGAUGACCCUUGCUGAGAUGGAGAUCCUCGGUGGCCUAGCAGUUAAGGAUUCAGCAUUGUCACUGCUGUGAUGUGGGUUCCAUCCCUGGCCUGGGAACUUCCACAUGCCGUAGGCAAGACUGAUCGAUGGGUAGAUGGAUAAUAGAUACCUCGUGCCAAAUUUGGGGUCUUCACAUUGCUACUUAAGAAUAGAUUCUUGAGUUCUUGUUGUGGCUCAGUGGGUUAAGACCCGACUAGUGUCCAUGAGGAUGUGGGUUCCAUCCCUGGCCUUGCUCAGUGGAUUAAAGAUCCAGCAUUGCUGCAAGCUGCAGUGUAGGUUGCAAAUGCAGCUCGGAUCUGGCGUUGCUGUGGCUGUGGCAUGGGCCCCAGUUAUAGCUCCAAUUCAACCCGAAGCCUGGGAACUUCCACAUGCCGCAGGUUUAGCCCUAAAAAGAAAAAAAAGAAUAGAUUCUUGAAUUGUCACAACGGUGUAAAUCAACUAUAAUUUAAAAAAACCAAAAAAGAAUAGAUCCUUGGCUUAAGUCUUCAUUCCUUACCUCCUUGCGCAAAACCUGAAGGAAGAAAUGGAAGCAAAGAGAAGUUUGCGAUUUGGUUCCUUGGGUCCUUCUUCUUUAUUUUUUUAUUUUUUUAUUUUUUUGUCUUUUUGUUGUUGUUGUUGUUGUUGUUGCUAUUUCUUGGGCCGCUCCCGCGGCAUAUGGAGGUUCCCAGGCUAGGGGUUGAAUCGGAGCUGUAGCUACCGGCCUACGCCAGAGCCACAGCAACACAGGAUCCGAGCCGCAUCUGCAACCUACACCACAGCUCACAGCAACGCCGGAUUGUUAACCCACUGAGCAAGGGCAGGGACCAAACCCGCCACCUCAAGGUUCCUAGUCGGAUUCGUUAACCACUGCGCCACGACGGGAACUCCGGGUCCUUCUUCUUUAGACGGGGACAGUAGAAGUCCUUUUGGAGCUGCAGAACUAAACUUACUAAUAACUAAGACCUGCCGCAGGAGGGCUUUCUUCCUUGGGAUAUUCUGUUUCGAGGUGUUGCUGCUGCCGACUUUCUGGAAAGCCUUUGUGGUGUGCCCUUAGAGUCUGUAACAAGUGUGUUUACAUCUGUUCGGGGUUCCUCAGGUUCGGCCCCCUGAGCCUAGACGGAGGGCUAGGAAACAGCUGGAUGUCUGAUGCUUAAUAAGGAUGUUCAGGCUCAUGAUGCCAUUUGUCAUUAAAAAGUGAAGCACGGCACUGAACUGCAGAGACUGUUUUUCUUCCUGGGAAGAAUGUCAGUCCUCCGAAGGCCCCUCCCACAAGGAGUGCCCUGCUCGACGGCCGCCCCCGGGGAGGCUGUAACAACAUUCACGUUGUUCUGCUGUGUCGGAACCAAAGUGGACAGGAGCGCCCUUCCCCGCGCCACGCCGUGAGUGCAGCUACAGAAGGGACCCGUGUUCAGACGCUGCAAGGACAGCUCGGGGCGGAAAGGAGUGUGAGAGCCGUUGUGCAAGUGUGUCGGGGGUUGGGUGGGGGGUGUGCUCAGUGAGGAGCCCCGAGCCGUGCCGCCUGGGUGUUUUUGGAAAAGUGCUCAACUUGAUACCGGAAGACCUGCCACCAGGAAUCUCUUGUGUGGCCUUCACCAAGUAGCUGAAGCCUCAGUAGGCCUCUUUGCCUCCUUUGGGAAACAGGAAUGACUGUAUUUUCCCUUUCUGUAAAUCCACCCACUCAUCUCACAGGGUUCUGAGCAUUAAAUAAGAUGCAGAGAAAGUACUUUAUUUAUUUAUUUAUUUAUUAUUUUCCCACUGUACAGCAAGGGGAUCAAGUUGUCCUUACAUGUAUACAUUACAAUUACAUUUUUUUCCCCACCCUUUGUUCUGUUGCAACAUGAGUAUCUAGACAAAGUUCUCAAUGCUACUCAGCAGGAUCUCCUUGUACAUCUAUUCUAAGUUGUGUCUGAUAAGCCCAAGCUCCCGAUCCCUCCCACUCCCUCCCCCUCCCAUCAGGCAGCCACAAGUCUUUUCUCCAAGUCCAUGAUUUUCUUUUCUGAGGAGAUGUUCAUUUGUGCUGGAUAUUAGAUUCCAGUUAUAAGUGAUACCAUAUGGUAUUUGUCUUUGUCUUUCUGGCUCAUUUCACUCAGUAUGAGAUUCUCUAGUUCCAUCCAUGUUGCUGCAAAUGGCUUUACGCCAUUCUUUUUUAUGGCUGAGUAGUAUUCCAUUGUGUAUAUAUACCACACCUUCCGAAUCCAAUCAUCUGUCGAUGGACAUUUGGGUUGUUUCCAUGUCUUGGCUAUUGUGACUAGUGCUGCAAUGAACAUGCGGGUGCACAUGUCUCUUUUAAGUAGAGUUUUGUCCGGAUAUAUGCCCAAGACUGGGAUUGUGGGGUCAUAUGGAAGUUCUAUGUAUAGAUUUCUAAGGUAUCUCCAAACUGUAGAGAAAGUACUUUUAAUGUAUAAAUUGCCACAUAAAUAUGA